AUGGAAGAGCCGCAGUUCGACGCGGCAGGAGGCACUCCGCGGCGGCGCCAGGAGCGGGCAGACGGGUGGCCGGCCGCGCGGACCCAAUAUCCGUCUUGGUCCAAACUCCGUUUGGGUUCAUCCACUUUGGUCGGCCAGGCCCUCCGCCGUCUCCCCUUCCAGUCUCCUACGCAGCCCCGCGCUGCCCCGACGCCGGGCGAGAACACCUCCUCCGCCGGUGGCGACCCAAGUCUCGCGCUGGAGGGCGCGGACGUCCGCCAAGCCUUUCCUCGCCGACGUCAGGGGACGCUGCGGCCGAAUCUCGGCUUACUGUGGCCAUCGCCGAGUAAGGUUUAUAGAAGUACUUCCAUAGACCUUGUCGCCGAGUGCCCAGCCGCACCAUCUGCCCUCCCGCGGCCGCCCGCGGAAGGCCAACGGAUAUACUAUAUGCGCCCUUUCCGACGCCCCUCUUCCACCGCCGCCCGCAAAGCCACUUUCGGCGUUCACGCGGCCAGUGCCCGCGGGAGCCAUGCUCGAACGGCCCGCCGGAAAUGCGCUCGACAAUUAUCGAAAAAUAUAUUCUCUACUGAUGAGCAAUCAGCGCUGUCCUCGUUUCCCUCCGCAUGGAGGAGCACAGCUGCCCCAGCCGCGCUGGGAACCUCGCCUCCAGAUCACGAUUCACCCAAACCCGAGCUGCAAGCACUGCCUGCAAGCCUCAUUCGGUCGCGCGGCGCCGGGUGUUGUGGCCCAAGGACGCGAGCGCUCCCGAGGCCCGAGACGCGCCCGACGUCGUCCUCUGCGGGAGACCUGGCUGCACCUACCUCGGCCGCAGACGCGCCGCCCAGCUGCAUCUACACUCACCUGCGGAAGAAACGACGCAGAGUUAGCGGGAAAGCUGGAACGGACUCAGGCGCACCAGGAAUCGGGUGCGCUUUCACAUCAUGGACAACUACGCCGCUCAUAUUCACAGAACUUCUACCUUUAGAAAUCACUGAUUUCUUCAUGCGGAAUCACACCAGUGAUCCAACCGAAGCAGACCACGCAUGCGCUUUUACCGCAAAGGCGAGUUUCUCGCCCUCGGUCGCUCACGGGCGAGGAACGCGCCGGUGGCCUCCGACGACGACGACGGAGGCACUGCCUAAUGAGGACAGCCUUGCGCCUCCCGCGAAGACUGUCACGUUCAACCCCUGUGCGGCGGCGCCCGCCUACCCGGCCGGUUCCCCGAAAGGCGCUUCACGAGGGCCGGCCUCUCGGAGGGCCGGGCCUUUGCUCUCCGAGGGAAGCUCCCUCGCCUCCCGCCGGGACCUCCGCGCCCCUCGCCUCCCGCCGGGGACCUCCGCCACCUCGCAUCCCGGGGGGACCUCCGCCCUUGCCCCCUCACCUCCCGCCAUUCCAUCAGGGACCUCCGCCCCCGGCCCUCGCCUCCCACAUCCCACCGGGGGCCGCGUCCCCUCCGCAGCGCCGCCGUCCGCGCCCUCCGCGCUCCGCUGCUCCUUGGCUACCGAGAUCCGGGUGGAGACAGGCCGCCCUCGAGUCGUAGCUCCCCCCCCCCCUGUGGCGCUCACGGCGCUCACGGCGCGACUCAGCUCGCGCCCAGACAUUCCGCUGCGGGCGCCGGCAUCCGCGCCCCCCGGCACCCCUAGAAGGCUCGAGAAAAACCCGAAAUGCAACCAAAACCCAAGAGUUCACAAGCAAAGACCGAAGCCUGCCCUGAGAGCAUGA